AUUGCUUUUCCCUGUUUUUCAGGCACAAAUUAAUUUCUCUAUUCUCUUUAGCUUAUAAAUUUCAUAUAAAUCUUGGUUCCGUUGAAUCUCUUUCUCUCUCUCUCUCUCUUCUCUCUCCACAAGUACGCAUUCACAUCCUACCAUUUUGAGUUUGAAAAAGUUUGGAUCUCUCUCUCCCUCUAGAAUGUAAGUCUAGAUUCUACAGAGUAGGGGGGUGUAAUCUCUGUUUAUUUUGCAAUUGGGGCUUAUUUCUCUUGUUGGGUUUGCCAGAAGUUCGGGCUUUCCUUAGGGUUCUGAAGAUUUGAACCGUCUUGGCUCACUAUAGAGAGAGAAAGGGAAAGAUGGUCCAAAGGGCUUCUUCACCGGCUUCCCCGGUGACUGUUACAGUGUCUACAUCAGGGACCAGAGGUUUCAGGGGAAUGGGGCUAACCAGCCCUGUUCCUCGAACUUCUCUCUCUAACAAUUCGAAUUCGCCACAAAGUAGCAAGACUAAUAGAGCUUCGACCGGUCGUUAUUGCUCAAUGUCGAGAGAUGAAACCGAAGAAGUUAGCUCCGAGUUUGUUCGCUACACUGUUCAUAUACCACCAACCCCUGAUCACCAACCCAUGUCGGUUUCUCACUCUAGCCUCCCUGAAGAGCCAGAAGCAAACCUCAUGAGCAAAACCCAAAAGCAAUUUAUCUCGGGAACCAUUUAUACUGGUGGUUUCAAUGCCGUAACCAGAGGGCAUGUUAUAGAUAGCCUUCCUAAACAACCCCAAAUUUCUCCAUCAGUGAAAUUCGUUUGUGGAAUGGAUGGUUGUGAUGGAAAGGCCAUCAGAGAUGAAGCUCGAUUGCCAUGUGAUUGUGGGUUUAGAAUUUGCAAAGAGUGUUAUUAUGAUGCAUUCAACAAUGGUGGAAAGUGCCAAGGUUGUAAAGAACCUUAUAGAGAAGUGGACACCGAGGACGAGCCAUCUUCUGAAGCAGACGACCAAGCUCUUCCUCUUCCAUCAAUGGCUGGAUCGAAACCAGAGAGGAGGCUUUCUCUUGUGAAAUCUUUCAAAGCUCCAAACCAUGACUUUGAUCAUGCGAGGUGGCUUUAUGAGACAAAGGGCACCUAUGGAUAUGGAAAUGCACUAUGGCCUAAGGAUGGGUAUUGGAAUGGGUCGACUAUGAAUGGCUUCGAGGAUCCUCCUGAUUUUGGGGAGCGAAGUAGGAGGCCCUUAACCAGGAAGGUCUCGGUCUCGACAGCAAUCCUCAGCCCGUACAGAUUAUUGAUCGUGAUUCGACUGGCAGCACUUGGUUUUUUUCUAGCCUGGCGAAUUAGACACCCGAACCACGAGGCCAUGUGGCUAUGGGGACUCUCCAUAACCUGCGAGCUCUGGUUUGCCCUCUCAUGGCUUCUCGACCAGCUCCCAAAGCUAUGUCCUGUAAACAGAGUAACCGACCUCUCUGUUUUAAGAGAAAGAUUCGAAUCUCCAACUCUUCGAAACCCAAAAGGAAGAUCAGAUUUACCGGCAAUCGACAUAUUUGUUUCUACUGCUGACCCUGAAAAAGAACCCCCACUUGUUACUGCAAAUACAAUCCUAUCGAUUCUUGCAGUUGAUUACCCAGUUGAAAAAGUUGCCUGUUAUUUAUCAGAUGAUGGUGGUUCUCUUCUCACUUUUGAAGCUCUUGCAGAGACGGCGAGCUUUGCUCGAAUUUGGGUUCCUUUUUGUAGGAAACAUAACAUCGAACCAAGAAAUCCUGAUGCUUAUUUUGGGCUUAAGAGAGAUCCUACGAAGAACAAAGUGAAGGUUGAUUUUGUUAGGGAGAGAAGAAGAGUGAAGAGAGAGUAUGAUGAAUUCAAGGUGAGGAUUAACUCAUUACCUGAAUCCAUAAGGAGGAGAUCAGAUGCUUAUAAUGCCCACGAAGAGCUUAGAACUAAGAGGAAGCAAAUGGAAAUGGGGGGUAAUCCAUCAGAACCUAUCAAGGUUCCUAAGGCUACAUGGAUGUCCGAUGGUUCUCACUGGUCUGGAGCUUGGGCUUCAGGCGAGAGAGACCAUUCGCGAGGUGAUCACAUUGGAAUAAUUCAGGCAAUGCUUGCCCCUCCAAGCUCAGAACCAGUAAUGGGCGGUAUGGCCGACGAGAUGAACUUUGUAGACACAGCUGAUGUGGACAUCAGACUACCGAUGUUGGUCUAUGUCUCUAGAGAGAAGAGGCCAGGCUAUGAUCACAACAAGAAGGCAGGAGCCAUGAAUGCUCUGGUUCGAACCAGUGCCAUAAUGUCAAAUGGUCCCUUCAUCCUCAACCUAGACUGUGAUCACUAUAUUUACAACUCUCUAGCCUUGAGAGAAGGGAUGUGUUUUAUGCUAGAUAGAGGAGGAGAUAGAAUAUGCUAUGUCCAAUUUCCUCAGAGAUUCGAAGGCAUAGACCCAAAUGAUCGAUAUGCAAAUCACAACGCUGUCUUCUUCGAUGUGAGCCUUCGGGCUUUUGAUGGCUUGCAGGGUCCAAUGUAUGUGGGUACAGGGUGCAUCUUUCGAAGGGUCGCCCUCUAUGGUUUCAGCCCUCCUCGAGCCACUGAGCACAUGGGAUGGCUCGGGAGAAGGAAACUCAAGGUUCAACUGAGGAAACCCAAAAAUCCAUCUAAAAAAGAGAAAGGAAAAGAAGAAACCAAACCCUGUAUCAAUGGCUAUGACUCAGAUGACGAAGACAUAGAAUCCCAACUUCUCUCUAGAAGGUUUGGGAACUCAGACUCUCUCUUGGAAUCUAUACCAGUUGCUGAGUUUCAAGGAAGGUUGGUUCAAGAUGGGCAUGGUUCGACAAAAGAGGGGAGACCUGCUGGUUCUUUAGCGGUUCCAAGAGAGCCUCUUGAUGCAGCAGCUGUUGCAGAAGCCAUUAAUGUGAUCUCGUGCUUUUAUGAAGAUAAAACAGAAUGGGGAAGAAGGGUAGGAUGGAUAUAUGGGUCAGUCACAGAGGAUGUGGUCACUGGUUAUAGAAUGCAUAAUAGAGGUUGGAGGUCAGUUUACUGUGUAACUAAGAGAGAUGCAUUUAGAGGAACAGCACCCAUUAAUCUAACCGACCGGCUCCACCAGGUUCUCCGAUGGGCCACUGGGUCAGUAGAGAUCUUCUUCUCAAGAAAUAACGCCAUUUUCUCAAGUCGAAGAAUGAAGUUCCUUCAAAAAGUGGCCUAUUUCAAUGUUGGGAUAUAUCCAUUCACCUCAAUUUUCCUCUUGGUCUAUUGCUUCUUGCCCGCUCUCUCUCUCUUCACCGGCCAAUUCAUCGUCCAAUCUCUCUCUAUCAUGUUUCUGGUCUUCCUCCUUCUUAUCACCCUCACCCUAUCUCUACUAGCCCUCCUUGAAAUCAAAUGGUCUGGAAUAACCCUUCACGAGUGGUGGAGAAAUGAGCAAUUCUGGCUUAUCGGGGGGACUAGCGCACAUCCAGCCGCCGUUUUACAAGGUCUACUGAAAGUUAUAGCAGGGGUUGAUAUCUCUUUUACUCUUACUACCAAGUCUUCAAAUGAUGAAAACGAAGACGAUUUCGCAGAGCUUUAUAUGGUGAAAUGGAGCUUUCUGAUGGUGCCUCCUAUUACAAUUAUGAUGGUGAAUAUGAUAGCAAUUGCAGUUGGAGUGGCAAGGACAAUGUAUAGUGAGAUACCACAAUGGAGCAAGCUUGUAGGGGGAGUGUUUUUCAGCUUUUGGGUACUUAUUCACUUGUAUCCAUUUGCUAAGGGGUUGAUGGGGAGGAGAGGAAGAGUACCAACAAUUGUGUUUGUUUGGUCAGGUUUGCUCUCGAUCAUCAUAUCAUUGCUUUGGGUUUAUAUAAGCCCGCCUUCUUCGAAAAUUCAGUAUAUAAAGUUUCAGUUCCCCUGAUCAAAAAGAAGGAAUUCAGUAUAUGAAGUUUCAGUUUCCCUAAUCAAAAAGAAAGAAUAGAAAGGGACUCGGUUUGGGAUUUUUAGUGGCUUUACUUGUGCCAUGGUUCUUUCUACCGAGAAGGAGAGCUUUUCUUGGCUUAGGAUCAUACAUGGUGUGGUUUUUUAUGACUCUGCUGAUUUGCCACGGUUGUUUAUUUGUUGCUUCUCUCUCUCUCUUUCUAAGUUGGCUUACUGGCCAACACUGAUGAUGGAUUUCGUUAUUUUGUUGUUAGAUGUUUUAUUUCUCUUUCCUGGUCUGAUGUAUUUAGUUAGUGGAUGUGCAUUCUUGAAUGAAGUUUGUUGUUGAUCUCUGCUGCUUUUCCAAUUUUAAUGCUGACUGAUACUAUUGGUGAUUA